CCCUAAAGAAGAUUAAUUGAAAAAUGUUCGAUUUAACCGUGUAGACUUGAGAAGGCCAAGGUGAUUUUCCAUAGCAGGCGGAAGUUAAACUCGAAUUCGAAAUUGGCGCCCGGCGCUGUCAAGCAGCAUUUGAUCUUGACUCAAUCACGAUCAUAAUCGCGAAGUCUUUAAAAGUUCGAAGUUAAGAGCAAUUGCACCUACCGUUAAGCUCGCCAGUGCUGCGGUUAGAAUGUUCAAAGCCCCAGUAUCCUCAGAAGCAUCCAAAGGGGCAUAAAAAGCAGGUGAAAGCUCGUCUGGACAUCAAACGUCAAAUAGUGUCCAAAUUAAUACGUUUUAGUUCUUAAAACCGCACUACCGGCCGAAAAACUUCCACAAAACGGUAAGAAAAUCUUGAAAUUUCUGAUGAAUGCAAAUUUUCCCGGCGGAAAUGACAAAACAGGAAGUUUUUUUGGAAAAAUCGACAAACUCAACGCAAUCGCGCACAUUGGAGGCCCCCAGCAACCGCACAAGUACAAAUAAAAAUCCACGGCGGCAUGGCAACCGCCCUAGCAACGCAGACUGUGGAUACAAACACAAACAGCACGCGACCGUUUCCGGCAGUUGCUAUGGCAAUGGGUGGGUACAAACAGAUCAACUCACCGGAAACUAGCAUGAGUGUCGCAAUGAAAAUCAAAUGGUUAGUGAUUUUUAAGAGUUUAGUGUCAAAUUGCGUGUUAAAAUGUGAAAUAUUCAAACUGUCCAGGUAAAUAUGGGUUUUACAGCACUGCCCCAUCGGAUUGCGUCGAUUUGAAACUUGAAAAUGAAAUUUGGCGGUUUGCAUUCAAAGAAAACCCGUUUUUUUAGGAAAUACUCGAAUGGAUAAUAUAAAAAUGCAAUUAGGACCGAAACCUUCAAUGUUCAUGAGUACAUCGGGAGACAAUCGAGAAAGAAUUAAUGUUCAAUUUGCGCUGUAAUAUGAAUGUGGCCACCGGUGCGGUUAUUGGUUUAUCGUUGGUUGCUGCUGGCACUUAUUUUGCCAUUUCAAAUAUAUAUCCGCUAACGACUGCAGAUUUUAAUUCAAGUCAGCAGUUGAUCAAUCCCAACGGUCCUGAGGUUCAAUUUGUACUGUUUACUAGAGAAAAUGCCCCCUAUGGAUUAGAUCCACAAUUCAAUGGAAGCUUCAACGAGUCCGGUUUCAACUUUGAAAAUCCCACCAAAAUUAUUACGCAUGGAUUCAUGAGCAGCAUUAAGUACGACGUUUUCAUGUUGAUCAAAAAUGCUUUUCUGGAAACAGGCGCCUACAACGUGAUUGGCAUGGACUGGUCAGCAUUAUGCCAUGUGGAGUACGCCUCAGCUAUGCAUGGAGCUAAAAUAGCCGGCAAACAGCUCGGGGAUUUCCUCAACUGGCUGACCUCCAACGGGGUGAACUUAAGCGACAUUCACAUUAUUGGACACAGCUUAGGGGCGCAUGUAGCUGGGAUCGGCGCUGACGUUGUCCAGGAUGGCCGAGUUGCUAGGAUCACCGGCUUAGAUCCAGCUGGACCAGGAUAUGGGGACAUCAAAGAGGAGCUGAAGCUGGACCCGCAGGACGCGAUGCUGGUUGAUGUCGUUCACACUUUCAUGAAAGUCAUUGGAACGGCCAGGCCUAGCGGACACGUGGACUUCUAUCCCAACGGCGGCAAAUAUCAGCCAGGCUGUCCAGAUUUGACCAGUUGCAAUGCAACUCACCAACAGCAUUUUGUGCAACCACGGAAGGUCUUUUCAACUGUUUGCGGAGUCCAUCAGAAAUCCCCGCGCGUUCAAAAGCAAACGGUGCCAGGCAUUGGAGGACGCUCUGUCCAGUCGCUGUUUGCAGGACACGGAGGUUUACAUGGGCCAAGAAAGCAGCUACCAAACUGGGCUCUAUUAUUUCAAAACCAGGAGCCAAUUUCCUUAUUCAAUGAGUGCAACAGACACCUAAAACCUUACUAGGUUGGCAACAAUGUAAUUUUUCUGGAAUUAAAUUAGAUGUGAAUAAUUUUAAGUUUUCUCAAGCA